AUGACGUCAUCAACUCCACUGGCUUGGUCGUCGAGUCGACAGUACUACCACUACAGAUCGGUGUUCCCAACGUCAGAUACAGGCAUGCAGGCCACGCUUCACAGAAACGUUCCAAGAAGAAUGCACUCGAGACGAACUGUCGAGAACCCAGCCAUCAACAUCUUAGCAGGAAAAAAAAUUAUCGAACGUCAACGUCUUCCAACCAGACUCCCUAAAUGCUACCUCCCAUACCUAUCCCAGUUGGACACAGAUGCUGAUGAAGUAUCCGGGGGUUUGACCAACCGAGAUCUACCCACUCUCAGAUCACUUCCGGUCCUUCCAGAACGCAGGUUCACGUCUGCUGAUGUCAAUAGGAUCACAACGAGGUUAUCAACGUAUGACGUCAGCCGUGUGCCAGAGUCACGGGGAUUCCCUAUGAAGGAAACCGAAAUGCCGCGCAGUUCCGGACGGGUAUACACGGAUACGGAAAUACACCAGGUCGUCCAGAGGCUCAGUGAUUACAAUCCCAAGAAACACCCAGCAGAGUCGAAAGGAGUGCCAGCUGAUUCAGAUCUCGCACCCUCUCAUGGAAAGUCAACGUCGAAUGGGAAACAGUUUUCUGAUGGCGAGGUCCAGGCUAUCGUCACCCGGCUGCACACAUUUGAUCCAGCAAAAUGGCCGCCGGAGUCCAAAGCUCCCACAUCGGACUGA